GUAAGUUUCAUUUUACUCUCGCGGAACUGCUGUACAUGUCAUAAGUAUUUGAUAAACAGGAGAAUGUUUCACUCUGAAUUAAAUCAUAAAUGAAUAAAUGAAUGACUGAAGAUGGAGGAUGAUGCACCGGUUAUUUAUGGCCUGGAGUUUCAGGCGCGUGCUCUGGCAGCUCAGACAGCUGAGACAGAUGCCAUCAGGUUUCUAGUGGGCACACAGUCACUCAAAUUUGAUAACCAGAUUCACAUCAUUGACUUUGAUGAUGAGAAUAAUAUGAUUAAUAAGAGCGUGCUCCUGCACGAUGCUGGUGAGAUAUGGCACAUCAGCGGCAGCCCUGCAGACAAGGCAGUGCUGACCACCUGCUACAACAAGACGUCUGAGAGUCGUGUGCUCACAUGUGCGGCGGUGUGGAGGAUGCCCCCGGAAUGGGAAUCAGGCAGCCACGAGUCCCCCGACGAUUCAUCAAACAACCCGCAGACCUUGGAGCUUCUCUGUCACCUUGACAACACGGCCCACGGCAGCGCGGCCUGUGUAUUAUGGGAGCCCAUGGGUGACGGAAAGCGUGUGAUAUCUCUGGCUGAAAACCACGUGCUGCUCUGGGACCUUCAGGAGAGCUCCAGCAAGGCCACGAUCUCGAGCAGUGCCACCCUGGAGGGAAAAGGGCAGCUGAAGUUCACCGCAGGCAAGUGGAGCCCACAUCACAACAGCACCCAGCUGGCCACAGCCAACGACACUGCCAUCCGGGGCUGGGACCUGCGGAGCAUGAGUCAGAUCUACUGCAUUGAGAACGCUCACGGGCAGCUGGUGCGUGACUUGGACUUCAACCCGAACAAGCAGUAUUACCUGUCCAGCUGUGGAGACGACUGUAAAGUCAAGUUCUGGGACGUGCGUCACAUCAACGAGCCCGUCAAGAGUCUGGAGGAGCACUCGCACUGGGUGUGGAGUGUGAGGUAUAAUCACUCUCAUGACCAGCUGUUGCUCACGGGCAGCAGUGACAGCAGGGUGAUCCUGUCCAACAUGGUGUCCAUCUCCUCCGAGCCGUUCGGACACCUGGUAGACGACGACGACCUCAGCGACACCGAGGAGAGCCAGCAGGAGGACAAAGGGAAAGAGCCCCUGCAGGACAGCAUCAUCUCCACCUACGAGGAGCACGAGGACAGUGUGUAUGCGGUGGAGUGGUCCGCUGCGGACCCCUGGCUGUUCGCCUCGCUCAGCUACGACGGCCGGCUGGUGAUUAACAGAGUUCCCCGAGCCCUUAAAUACCGAAUCCUGCUGUAGAGCAGGUGAAAACAGGGACGUUCUUCAUACUAUUCAACAAAUGAACUCACAUUCCCAGCUUCUGCGCGAGUGGAAUCCUGCUUUGACUUCGCACUGGACUGUCUGAGUAAAAUACCGACAGAUGUUGCUCUUUGCUGUAUAUUUGUGUCAUGAUUUCUAUACACCUGAUGAUGUAUUGGGCUGGUUUACCGUGAAUUAGUUAUGAAUAUGAAUGCAGAUAUCGGUGUUUGUGCGUGUGCUGUUUGGUGCUGUGGGAAAUCAGAACCUUGGAGAUUAAUUAUGAUUAUGUGUCUUAUCAUGUACGCUGCAACAAAAGCAAUGCUCUGUGGAGCUGUCAGAGAGAGCCUAAUUACCCCUGUAUGUUUCCCAUAAAACAGCUUUAAUUAAAGAGCAAGAUUUGA